AUGUGUUGAGACUAUGGUACUCCCAGAUUACCGGAAAUUAUUUGGUGUUUUAUGGUGGUGUGCAUCUUUGGGCUGUAAAUUGAUCUCGGUAGCUUCUCUUCAACUCGGUUAUUACUUCUACUUUUGAAGGGCAUUGAUUGUCUUGUCCGUUAUUGUUAAUGUAUUAACACAUUUUGAAAAUUGUUGCUCUAUAUCACAUUUAUUCCCUACCUUUGAGUAGGAAGUUCCAAUUCUUUUCUUUUCUCUUCUUGAAAAAUAAUAAUAAUAAUAAUAAUAAUAAUAAUAAGCUAAUUAGCAAUCAGCAAUGAAGUGCCUGACUAAAAUGGUAAGGGACUCAAUUUGUUUCUCAUUACAUAGUGUGGGAUUCGAGGAAAACCCAAGGCCGGCAAAGGAUCAAAAUACAUCACCAAAAUCCAAAUGUCAUUAAUACCGACUAGCAUUGUGUUAAAUCAAGAGUGGAUUUGUUUAUUUUCUACGUCGGAAAUUCAAGAGAGAAUAAAAUCAGCAGAACAAACAUGAAUUUAGUUGUCAGCCUGCUUAGUAAUCAUAAAAUAAACAACAAGAACAAAAUCCUACCAGAUAAUGAUGAGAAACUCUAAUCACACAUCUCAAAUCUAUUAGUGAUUACAGAAGUAAUAUUAAUUAAAUUAUCAAAAUACCGUUAAUUACUAAGCCUUGGUAUUAAGUUCUGAGAGUUAUCUAUGUUUGUCUUGUACAUUAUUACCAUUUGCCCUUUAUAUGAUUUAUAUAAACGCUUACAAAAUUAAUGUAGAAUAAGAACAAAAAGGAAUGUGCAAGAGAUUUCAGCCGUUUAUGAUUUGAUUAUUCAUUGGAUAUAUAAACAUCUACAUACACACAACAUAAACAUACCUUUUGGUUGUGUAUGCUGGUUCGGUGAUUUGCAAUGGAGCUAAGCAUCUUACUGAUCAUGGUGCUCCUAUCCAUACUUGUGCUUUCAGUUUUCUUUGUGUUGCAGCUUUGGUAUACACCAAAAUCCAUGGAGGUAAUCCCAGGAAGUUUGGGUUGGCCAAUCAUAGGUGAAAGUUUACCAUUUAUAUCUGAAUUUUCAAGCCCAUCUGGUAUUUACAGCUUCAUGAACAAGAGGCAGCAGAGGUACGGAAAAGUGUUCAAAACACUAGUGUUGGGGAGAUUCACUGUGUUUAUGACUGGAAGAGAAGCAAGCAAGAGCUUGUUGACAGGAAAAGAUGGGAUGGUAAGCUUGAACCUGUUUUAUACAGGGCAGCAGGUGUUAGGCCCCACAAGCUUGCUCCAAACCACCGGAGAAGCACACAAGCGGCUCCGGCGACUGAUUGCAGAGCCCCUAUCAAUUGAAGGGUUGAAAAAGUAUUUUCAUUUUAUUGACACCCUCUCAAUUGAAACCUUGGAACAAUGGUCUGGAAGAACAGUCUUUGUUCUUGAAGAAGCUUCAACAUUCACUCUCAAAGUGAUUGGCAAUAUGAUAAUGAGCUUGGAGCCAAGUGGUGAAGAACAGGAGAAGUUUCGAGCCAAUUUCAAACUCAUCUCUUCCUCUUUUGCUUCCUUGCCAUUUAAAAUCCCAGGAACAGCAUUUUACCGUGGCAUUAAGGCUCGGGAUAGGAUGUAUUCGAUGUUGGACUCGACAAUAUCCAAGAGGAGAAAUGGAGAUGAGUUUCGACAAGAUUUCUUGGAAUCACUGGUAAUGAAACACAGCAAAGCAAGAGGAGGAGAGGAACAGGAUGAUGGUGAUGAAGAUAAACUGACUGAUCAACAACUGAAGGACAACAUAUUGACUCUGCUUGUUGCAGGUCAUGAUACCACAACUGCUGCUCUUACAUGGCUCAUCAAAUUCCUUGGAGAAAAUCCUCCUGUUUUGGAACGGCUCAGAGAAGAACAUAAACAGAUUCAAGCAAACAGAAAUUAUGGACCAAAUCUCACUUGGUCUGCUGUCAAUAACAUGCCUUACACAGCAAAAGUAAUUAGUGAAACUCUUCGAAGAGCGACAAUAUUGCCUUGGUUUUCAAGAAAAGCUGCUCAGGAUUUUGAGAUUGAUGGAUACAAAAUCAAGAAAGGCUGGUCAGUGAAUUUGGAUGUUGUUUCCAUCCACCAUGAUUCAGAAGUUUUUCCCAAUCCCGAACAGUUUGAUCCUUCCAGAUUUGAUGUACCCUUGAAGCCUCUUAGCUUUCUUGGAUUUGGUAGUGGACAAAGAAUGUGUCCAGGCAUCAAUCUGGCGAAACUUGAGAUCUCUAUUUUCAUCCAUCAUCUGGUUUGUAGAUACAAUUGGAGGCCUUUAGAGAAGGAUGAUGCAGUCCAGCCAACACUUGUGAGGAUGCCGAAAAACAAGUAUCCUAUUGUAGUUGAGCCCCUCUAAAAUUUCAAAGCAUAAGUAUAAUAUUAUAUAAUAUUUAUAUUAUCUAAGCGGGACAGAAAACUUUGGAGAAUAUUGCAGCUAUGGCUGCUUUUUUCAAGUGAGGAAGAAAGCGUAUUAUAAAAAUAUCCAAGCCUAUCUUUGAAUU